GCGCGCGUCUCCUCGCUCUUUACCCCGCUUGCCUUUUGCCCCCGUCCCCCAGCUCCGGCUCGACUCGGCCCGCCGCCGUUCUCGCUGCGCGCCCACUGCCCAGCCAUGCCCAACAUCGUGCUGUUCAGCGGCAGCUCGCACCAGGAUCUGUCACAGCGCGUGGCCGAUCGGCUGGGGCUGGAACUAGGGAAAGUGGUGACGAAGAAAUUCAGCAACCAGGAGACCAGUGUAGAGAUUGGCGAAAGUGUCAGAGGGGAAGAUGUGUACAUUGUCCAGAGUGGUUGUGGCGAAAUAAAUGACAAUCUGAUGGAGCUUCUCAUCAUGAUUAAUGCUUGCAAGAUUGCCUCCUCCUCCCGUGUCACCGCAGUCAUCCCAUGUUUCCCUUAUGCCAGGCAAGAUAAGAAAGACAAGAGCCGGGCUCCCAUUUCUGCAAAGCUUGUUGCCAAUAUGUUAUCAGUUGCUGGAGCAGACCACAUCAUCACAAUGGACUUGCAUGCCUCACAGAUACAGGGAUUCUUCGAUAUCCCAGUGGACAACCUGUAUGCAGAACCAGCAGUGUUGCAGUGGAUCAAAGAAAAUAUUGUGGACUGGAGAAACUGUGUCAUCGUCUCGCCUGAUGCAGGUGGAGCAAAAAGAGUCACUUCAAUUGCCGACAGACUUAACGUUGAAUUCGCCCUGAUUCACAAAGAAAGAAAGAAAGCCAAUGAGGUGGACCGAAUGGUCUUGGUUGGUGAUGUGACCGGCCGUGUAGCAAUUCUGGUGGAUGAUAUGGCAGACACAUGUGGCACAGUAUGUCAUGCAGCAGACAAGCUAGUGUCAGCAGGAGCGACUAAAGUGUACGCCAUUCUUACUCAUGGAAUUUUGUCCGGCCCUGCUAUUUCUCGGAUCAAUAAUGCUGGUUUUGAAGCGGUGGUGGUAACGAACACAAUCCCACAGGAAGAAAAAAUGAAACAUUGUCCCAAGAUCCAGGUUAUUGAUAUUUCCAUGAUUUUGGCAGAGGCCAUCCGAAGAACGCACAAUGGCGAAUCCGUGUCCUACCUCUUCAGCCAUGUCCCACUAUAACUGCAAAUUGACAUCCAUAAGCUGCAUUUAGCAGCACUGUAUUAAAAAAAACGCAGCACAUGGUUAAGAUACUGAAUGUCUGAAAGUUUCAUAUAUCCUCUCUUCAUAUAAGGACCAUAUGUCAUAACAGUAUAUAAAAUGGACUCUCUCUUUUUUUGGUAGAACUUUUACAGAUUCUCUUGGGGCUUUAAGUGGGGAAAUAUAACUGAGAUGGGCAACUAUUAUGUGACAAAGGCCAAAGUUAUCUCAGGAGUUUGUUUGUAGUAGAUGUUGCUGAUAGUUAUAAAACCUCACACAGAACUUUUAUCUUAAAUUUGUAACAGACAUUUUAAAAAUUGGGUAGAGGGCCUUCUGAAGACAUCAGUAUCCUGUCUUAAGCUAGCAGAUACAUUGCCUUAGGGUAGUUUAUACUUUGAAAUGUCUAUACAAUAAUAAGUUACUUUUUUGUCAGUGAGAAAAACAUGUUCAGAAAUGUCUGUUCUCCUCACAGUUGGCUUGCAGCCACAGUCCACUUGACUUGUGAACUGGCAUUUUUACAGUACAAUCUUAAGAACAUUUUCCUGGGAGUAAAUCCCAUUGAGCAGGCUUAAGUAGAAUUCUGAGUUAGACCUGUUUAGGAUUGCGCUGUUAACUGUAAAUCUUGGUCUCAGAACUAAAGAUGGUUUUGUCAGCUUUCUACAUUUGCUUUGUGAAUGGAUUUUUUUUAAUUUUUAGGUUUAGAGCAUAUGAAGGCAUUUUAAAAUGCGAAAAAAGGUUAACUGUUGACAUGAAUAGUACUUAGUGCAUAACAUUUUGUAAUUUUUAAAAGUCACACCCACUGACAGUUUAUCCUUAUAAUAUCUGUAAAACCUUGGCCAUUCCCACUAUUAUUAUUAAUUUUUUUUUUUGCACAAUUGAGAUGAUGCUUCAGUCAUUUCUCUUCUUCUUGACUUUGGUGAGCCUCUCUCAUAGCCCCUUUCAACAUCACUUUCAUCACACUAGAGCCACUGCAGCACCUCUCUUUUCCACACGGUGGGGCCCCAGGUCAUAUUUGAAAGGGUCCACCACAGUAUGCACCUGGAAACUGGAGGGCCAUUGGCAGGGAAAGGAGCUGCAGUCUGAAUUACUUUUAUGGCUCAGGGCUUCUGGCAUUACCUAAGUUGUAAAGGGAGCCAUGUUGCAAUAGCUCUGUUGCUGUGAAGGUAACAUACAAGCCCUUGAGUUUCUCAUCUUUUACUACUUUAUCAGUGUUUGAGAAAUGCUAUAAAAGGGACCAAUGUUCCACCUCCGUAAUCAUCUGCCCUUAAUUUUUUAAUCAGGGCUUACACUACAGAAGAGAAGUCUGAGCAUAGUAAUACUUCUAAAAUUGGCCUCUUUUCUAGCUGGAGACUCUCAUUAUCCUCAAAGUAAAAAAGAAACAACAAAAAUAAUAAUCUUUACUGUAUUUCCCUUGAAUUAAAAAAAAUGUUUCUCACAAGACCUGAUAUAUUCCACCUGCGAGGGAAUUGAAGUAAUUUGAUAAAUACGCCGCUGUAAAAUGGAGCAGUCCACAGCUUGAAACAAGUUGCUAACCUUGCAUUAAAGAAGCUGCCAAACUUGGUAUUCUUAACAGAGUAAGCAAAGGCAACAGCCAGAUAUUCUUCUUAAUGGAUGUGCAUCGUGCCAUUGGAUGCCAGUGCUUGGAUGCUGCCUUGUGAAGAUAAACUGUUAACCCAGGUUCCACAGCAAAAACAGCAUACUGAUGAAAAUCUGAAUAGAAUUUUAAAGUGGCUUUCACUUGCUAGCCUUGAUGUACAUUCAAAUGCAUUUAUUAACUGUUAUGUUUUGACAAAUAUGAAGUAGGGUUGCCAAAUCCUUUUCUUCUUGCGGCGGGGGGCUCCCGGACUGCGUCCCUAG